GAGCAACACCAGUCAUUUGAGCGUUAACAGGUGGGGAGUUUGGUACUGGUUUAUGCUACUGAUGUGAACUAUAGAAGUUUAUGCUUGGUUUAUUAUUAUUAUUAUAUAAAAAAGGCUAAAUACUUUCUUUAUGUGAAAUGCUGAAAUAAAAACAGUUUAACCCAUUAGGGCGUGGUCUUAAAGUUUGCCAGGGAGUUUAAAUUCAGUCGCUAUUUUUCUUUUCUGGUUUUAGUGACAUGGUUAAUGUAGUUUGUAGUGGAUGAAGCCAGUCGAAACAAGGUAGUUUUCAAUGUGAAUAUUUUCAUUCAGCACGUUUUUUCUUUACAUUUUAAUUGUGUGAUUCAACGCAACAUGGCUUUUGCAAAAUUCAGCAAAAUCUUACGACUUUCCACUUUUGAGAAAAGGAAAACAAAACAGUAUGAACAUGUACAGAGGGAUUUGAACCCCAACGAUAUCUGGGAAAUUAUCGGAGAAUUGGGGGACGGAGCUUUUGGCAAAGUUUACAAGGCUAAAAACAAGGAGACUGGUGUGCUGGCUGCUGCAAAAGUGAUAGAGACGAAGAGUGAAGAAGAACUGGAGGACUACAUGGUGGAAAUAGACAUCCUUGCAUCCUGUGACCACCAAUACAUCGUCAAACUACUGGAUGCCUUUUACUUUGAAAACCAGCUGUGGAUCAUGAUUGAAUUCUGCCCUGGAGGAGCAGUGGAUGCCACAAUGCUGGAGCUCGACAGGGGGCUGACUGAACCCCAGAUUAAGGUUAUUUGUCGUCAGAUGUUAGAAGCUUUGGUCUACCUCCACAGCAUGAAAAUCAUUCACCGUGACUUAAAGGCUGGAAACAUACUUCUGACACAGGAUGGAGACAUUAAACUUGCGGAUUUCGGGGUGUCUGCAAAGAACACCAAAACUCUGCAGAGAAGAGACUCUUUCAUUGGAACCCCUUACUGGAUGGCUCCAGAGGUAGUGAUGUGCGAGACCAUGAAGGACACCCCAUAUGAUUACAAGGCUGAUAUCUGGUCUCUGGGAAUCACGCUGAUAGAGAUGGCACAGAUUGAGCCCCCGCAUCACGAGCUGAACCCAAUGAGGGUCCUGCUGAAGAUCGCUAAAUCAGAUCCACCCUCUCUUGACGUGCCCUCAAAGUGGACACCAGAGUUUAAGGAUUUCCUUAAGAAGUCAUUGGAUAAGAACCCCGAGACCCGGCCAAGUGCAAUGCAGCUACUGGAGCACCCCUUUGUUUGCAAAGUCAACUCAAACAAGCCGGUGAGGGAGCUGGUUGCCGAGGCAAAGGCUGAAGUGAUGGAGGAAAUAGAGGACAACAGGGAGGAAGGAGAAGACGAUGAUGCAGCAGAAGUGACAGCUCCACCAGGUACAGAUGCUAAAGAUCCUUCUGAAACAAGCCAGAACAGUUUUGAAGGCGAGCAGCCAACGGAGCCCACGCAGACUAAAGAAGUCGACUGUAUCAAGACCCCCAACCCACCUCUACCCAAGGACCAGUCGGAUAAACUCAGCGACAAGAUUUCCGAUGAAGGAAUUUGCAGCAGCGACACGGACAAAACUGAGAGCGAAAAGUCUCUAAAGAUAAGCUGCUCUGAUUCCGGAACUGAAGAUGGCAAAAGUACCCCGACUCUGGAGGAGGAAGAGAAACCCAAAUCAGGGACAGAGGCUGAGCCCCCAGCGCCUGCAGAACCGUCAAAGACUACCCAGGAGCCCCUGCCUGAGAUCGACUACAACACUGUGAGCCCGUCGGCACCCGCAGUACCUGUGAUACAGCUCGCAACUGUCAUCAAACCCGAUGUAGAAAUGAACGAAAGUGCGGGAAAAGAUCAAACACACCAGAAAUCGCUGGAGGCAGAACCCAUGGACUCUUCAACACCAGUGGCCAAUGACAAAUCGAAACGAUAUUCCGACUAUGGCAGCGUGUCCGCCUCCGACAGCAUGGAUCUGAUCCUUAACCUGUCCGGAGAUCUUUCUCUGAACAAGGAGACUGGAUCAAUAUCGAUGCGGGACUCAAAGUUUUGCAGCAAGACCCUGAAACGGACCAGGAAGUUUGUUGUGGAUGGGGUGGAGGUCAGUGUAACCACCUCCAAGAUCAUUGGAGACGAUGAAAAGAAAGAUGAGGAGAUGAGAUUCCUGAGGCGGCAGGAGUUACGGGAUCUGCGUCUGUUACAGAAGGAGGAGCACCGGGCCCAGACUCAGCUCAACACCAAGCUGAUACACCAGAGGGAGCAGAUGUUCCGCCGCUUCGACCAGGAAAUGAAUGCAAAGAAGAAGUUCUAUGACACAGAGCUGGAGAAUCUGGAAAGGCAGCAGAAGCAGAUGGUUGAGAAGAUGGAGCAGGAUCACGUGACCCGCCUGCGCGACGAGUGCAAGAAGAUCCGGGCAGAACAAGAACGCGAGUCUAGCAAGUUUCAGGAGAAGCUCAAGCAGAAGAAGAAAGAGAUUAAAAGUGAAGUUGAGAAAAUGCCCAGACAGCAACGAAAGGAAACCAUGAAACAGAAGAUGAAUGACUUUGCACAGUCAAAGCAGACACAGGAACAGGACUUUUUGGCUGCCCAGAAGGACUAUUUGGAUAGUACCCUGAAGAGGAUCAUUGCCGAAAAUAAACGAGAGAUCUCAGAAUUAGAGCGCGAGUGUCUCAACAAAAAGCAGCAGAUGAUGAGAGAGCGGGAAGCAACGAUCUGGGAGCAAGAAGAACACAACUUGCAGGAGAAGCACCAGCUAAUGAAACAGCAACUCAAAGACCAGUACUUCCUGCAGAGACACCAGCUUCUCAAGAAGCAUGACAAGGAGCAGGAACAGAUGCAGCACUAUAACCAGAGGAUGAUUGAGCAGCUGAAGGGUCGACAGCAGCAGGAGAAAGGAAGGCUGCCGAAGAUCCAGAGGAGUGAAGGGAAGACCAGAAUGAUGAUGUAUAAGAAGAGUUUGAGGAUUACCUCGACAGGGAGUCCAGCAGAGGACAGAGAGAAGAUCAAACAGUUUGCACAGCAGGAGGAGAAGAGGCAGAAGGCAGAGAGGCUACACCAGCAGCAGAAGCAUGAGAAUGUGAUGAGAGACAUGAUGGGCCAGUGUGACAGCAACCUCUGGGAGCUCCAGCAGCUACAGAAUGAGAAAUGCCAUCUUCUUAUUGAACAUGAGACCCAGAAACUGAAAGCACUGGAUGAGGAACACAAUCAGCAGCUAAAGGACUGGCGAGACCAGCUCAGACCCAGGAAGAAGGCCCUGGAAGACGAGCUGAACCUGAAGAAGAAAGAACAGGAGGAGUUCUUUAAGAUGAGUGAAGAUUCUGAAUACCAGAGCCCAAGCUCUCCUAACAAAGUCGCCAAAUUCUUCCCUUUUAAUAACUCCACUGAUGUCUCCACCACCUAGCUAGACUGCAGCCAAGUGUCUCACUCGGGACCAAGGUGAAGGCGUGUAGCAAGCAGUGGUACAAGAUACAGAGUCAGAACACACACACCCACACCCACACCCCAGUCAACCAUUUGCAAGCAACAAGGUACCAUCGUCUUAUUUUAAGAAUUUUCAGGUUUUUUUCUUUUUUUGUUGACAUUAUAUUGGCUGGCUCCAAAUUAUAGAAAUUAGAAUAUAUAUAUAAUUUUGUAUAACAUUAAUAAAUGGUAGAUUUGAAAUUGUGAAAAGGGCCCUUUUCAGGUAUUCUCAGCUGAAAUGUUUUUACGUUAUUUGUAUUUUAUUUUAAGUUUGAGAGUGUUCAUACUAAUUCUAAAAUGUUCUAGUUAUUUUGUUUGCAAUUCGGACUCCAUUCACGUCGACAAUAUAUUCAACACAUUUAUGGAGAGUUUUUAUGUAAAGUCACUCUAUCUGUAUUAUAGCUCAAAAUGGACUGCCAGUUCAAAUAAAUAAUGAAGGUAGUAAUACUGUAAUUAUAUUUCAGUACACUGGAUGUGAAGCUAGACAUUAAGUAAAAUGUCUAAAUGUACAAGAGCCAAUAUAUAAUACGAUACCAGUGCUAUAUGGUGUUGGGCAAAAAAGGGGAGUAGUUUAAAUAUUAUGAAAACAAUGUUAAUGUAUUUUGUAUAAAAUAAAUGGGCAUAUACAGUCGAUAAUGUUCCAGUUUCUACUUUAACAGUUUAACACUGUAAACUUGCAGACUAUAUUUGAUUAUUUCUUUUGAUAGUGUCACUUUGCCAAGAAAGCAGCCUUUUUUGAAAAAAAAUAUAUAUAUACAUAAUUUGGAGUUUUUUUGCGUUGUAGGCUUUUUUUUUUUUCCUCCUAAUGAGAAAAAAUGUUCCUUCAAGGGUUCUCUGCAAAUUGGUGUCAAUACAAUGGCACUAAAAUGAAGAAGAAAAAAAAAAUGAAAGCUUUCAGCUUGGCUGUGUACAAAAGGUUUUCCCUGCAUUGCCAGAAUUAAGCAUGAAGUUCAUCCAACAGUUGUUGUUGUAAACUGAGGAUGCCAUGUAUUCACCAUGCAGGAGUUUGUCCAGUAUACUGUAUUUUUGUCCCGUUGUUCUUUUCUUCUCUCAACACCACAGACUGUAAAAGGAUUUACCUCACAAAGCUAUAUUUAAGUAAAUGCACUUUUGAAUUCCUUAAGGUAAUAGAAUAGUUUAGUAACUCUUUUUUUUUUUUAAUCGUUCCGUUGUUUUGAAUGGGCAAAGUUGGGUUUGACAGCAGUGCAGACUUACAGAAUGCACAAUUUAAAGUACAGUGUCUACUGUGUUCAGUUAACAAUUGCCUCUUAAUUUUAGAAACCACUAUGUUGUAAAUAAGAGUCUUAUAAAAAUGGCACCUGAAUAUGUCUUUCUGGUACAAAGAAAACAUAAAUAACCUGUUAACUUUUUUUUUUUUUUUUGUAUUAAAAAUGUUUGCAUAUCUUCACAAUGUGUAUGCAUGUUUUGUAGCACUGAAAGUCUGAGUUUUUACCUAGUACAUUUUGGUUUGCCUUUACAAACCCCCUUUUAUACUUACUUUGGCACCAAAGUAUGUAUUUCCACCAAUGGAGACAGACGUGGUUCAUGCAAAGGAUGAUGCAUGUCUCCUGUGCCCUAUUUGAACAUACCUGUUCUAGCAGGUUACAGCUCAGCAGCCUCUGCCAUUGCUAUCAUAUAUCUUAAAUAACUGAUAAGCCGUUGUACAUCAUAAAAUCGUUCCCUGGUAUUCCACGAGUAAAAGCAGAAUAGUGUUGUGAUGCAAUGGCUUGUUUAACUUUGUUUGUGCACUAAAUGAAAUAAGCAUUGAGGCAUUUCAGAAGUACAUCACCAAUUGCAUUUCCCUGGGAGCUGCAGCUCCUGAACGGCUAUGUUGUAAUUGACUUGAAGUAAUGAGAUGUCUAUGUAUACAUACAUACAUACACAACAGGAUAGGAUAGGUUUGGGCUCAAGAUCACUUUAUUUGUUUCUGUAUGUAUUAAUUAUGAUUUGUGGUAUGACUGGUGGUGCUGUGUCCAUUGUUUCCUUUGCAGAAUCAUUGUUUUUCUGUGUUCUGUGGGCCAUAGCUGUCCAUUGAUGCUGCCAUGAAGAUGACCAUGCCACAAGAUGGCGCUGUUUUUAAACAUUAAUGUCUGACCGCUCCAGUCACAGCCAGAGAAAGAGCAUAUUGAAAGACAAGGCCAGUUAUGUACAGGUGAUGACCACUACAUAUAUUCAGAUAUGCAUCAUCCAAGAAUCGUUAUUAAAACAUGUAUGUCUGAGAAUCCUUAUUCAAUCAGAUGCCCUGUUUUCUUCCAUCUGUUUGCAUCUAAUAUGAUUAGCUGUACAGUUGGUAUUCCCAAGUAAAAAAGCCUUUCACAGCAUAGCAUAUACAGUACACUUCUAAUCCCAAAUAAAUCACAAACACAGGAUCUGGAGCUAUGAGAAAUGUUUAUUAAAUUUGUAUAAAAUAAACUUUUGCAAGAAAAAAAAAAAAA